AUGGCUAUUUCCAAAAUCCACGCCCGUUCUGUCUACGACUCGCGCGGCAACCCGACUGUUGAGGUUGACAUUGUCACCGAGACUGGCCUCCACCGCGCCAUUGUUCCCUCUGGAGCUUCCACAGGUUCACAUGAGGCUUGCGAGCUCCGCGAUGGUGACAAGACAAAGUGGGGCGGAAAAGGUGUAACCAAAGCCGUCGGCAAUGUCAACGACAUCAUUGCCCCGGCCCUCAUCAAGGAGGCCCUUGACGUUAAGGACCAGUCCGCGGUCGAUGCCUUCCUGAACAAGCUCGAUGGAACCACGAACAAGACCAAGUUGGGUGCCAAUGCCAUUCUCGGCGUCAGUAUGGCUGUUGCAAAGGCUGCCGCUGCUGAGAAGGGUGUUCCACUCUACGCCCACAUCUCCGACCUCGCUGGCACCAAGAAGCCCUACGUCCUUCCCGUCCCGUUCAUGAACGUCCUCAAUGGCGGUUCCCACGCCGGUGGGCGUCUAGCAUUCCAGGAGUUCAUGAUUGUGCCUUCAAAAGCCCCAACAUUCACCGAAGCCAUGCGUCAAGGUGCCGAAGUAUACCAGCUGCUUAAGGGUCUCGCGAAGAAGAAGUACGGCCAAUCUGCCGGAAACGUUGGCGACGAGGGCGGAGUCGCUCCGGAUAUUCAGACCCCAGAGGAGGCUCUCGACCUCAUCACUGAGGCCAUCGAGGCCGCUGGCUACACCGGAAAGGUCAGUAUCGCCAUGGAUGUCGCUUCCAGCGAGUUCUACAAGACAGAGGAGAAGAAGUAUGAUCUAGACUUCAAGAACCCGGAUAGCGACCCUACCAAGUGGCUCACCUACGAGCAACUAGCCGAUCUAUACAAGCACCUCGCUACCAAGUACCCCAUUGUCAGCAUCGAGGACCCCUUCGCUGAGGAUGACUGGGAGGCAUGGAGCUACUUCUUCAAGACCUCGGACUUCCAGAUUGUUGGUGAUGACUUGACCGUCACGAACCCCACUUUCAUCAAGAAGGCCAUCGAACUCAAGUCCUGCAACGCUCUUCUCCUUAAGGUCAACCAGAUCGGUACGAUCACGGAAGCUAUCCAGGCUGCCAAGGAUGCCUUCGGUGCCGGAUGGGGUGUCAUGGUCUCCCACAGGUCUGGCGAGACUGAAGAUGUCACCAUUGCCGAUAUCGUCGUUGGUCUCCGCGCUGGUCAAAUCAAAACCGGUGCCCCAGCGAGAUCUGAGCGUCUUGCUAAGCUCAACCAAAUCCUCCGUAUCGAGGAGGAGCUCGGCGACUCGGCUGUGUAUGCUGGCGAGAAGUUCAGGACUGCCAUCAACAUCUAA